AACAAUGCCCAUCUGCCAUAAUAAAAGGUCAAAACAUUCGACUCCAACCAGCUGGUUUCUUUCAGAUUUUGCAUUGCUUAAAUAACAGACUUUCUAGUUUGUAUCUCUCUUUCCUCUUCUUUUCCCUCUUGUCAAAAAUAGCUGGCUCUGCCUUUUCAGAAAAAAAUAAAAUAAAAAAUCUCAUAUAUCUGAACAUUUCUCUUUUUAUAUAAACUGUAAUUCUGUAACCUCUUUCAUUUCAAAAAAUCCACCACAACCAUGGCCACCACUUCUACAACCAUCAAAACUGUCCUCCUCCUCUUCUCUAUCCUCCUCCACCUCUCCACCACCACUUUUGCACUUGGUGUCAACUAUGGUACGUUAGCCAACAACCUGCCACCACCAUCUCAGGUGGCCAAUUUCCUCAAAACACAGACAAUUAUAGAUAGCAUCAAAAUCUUUGACACUAAUCCUGACAUUCUCAGAGCUUUUGCCAAUACUGGCAUUACUGUGACCGUAACUGUUGGUAAUGGUGAUAUUCCAGCUCUUUCUGAGGCUCAUGCUGCCCGUCGGUGGGUUAACAACAAUAUUAAACCUUAUUAUCCACAGACAAAGAUUAAUCGGAUUGCUGUUGGAAAUGAAAUUUUGAUGUCUGGUGUUCAAGAUUGGAUUGCUCAUCUUGUUCCUUGCAUGAAGGCCCUGCAUCAUGCUCUCGUUCUUGCUGGAAUCAAGGAUAUUAAGGUAUCAACGCCUCAUACCUUAGGAAUUCUAUACAAUUCAGUGCCGCCAAGUGCUGCUCGAAUCAGGCCUGGCUACCAAAAGUCCAUAUUUGCACCAUUGCUUCAAUUUCUACGUGAAACCAAAUCACCUCUCAUGGUUAACCCAUACCCUUAUUUUAGCUACGCCCCAAAAGUUGAUAAAUACAUUCUUUUCAAGCCAAACCGUGGCAUCCAUGACAGAUACACAAACAUUACCUACACUAACAUGUUUGAUGCGAUGAUGGAUGCUGUUUACUCUGCCAUUAAAGCAAUGGGCUAUCCUGAUGUUGACAUUCUAGUGGCUGAGACUGGUUGGCCCUCCCUUGGCGACCCGAACCAGCCGGCUUGUACGGUCGAGAAUGCUGUGGCUUAUAAUGGGAAUUUGAUCAAGCAUGUUACUUCAGGGAAGGGUACUCCAUUGAUGCCCAAUAGGCGAUUUGAGACGUACAUUUUUGCAUUGUUUAAUGAAAAUCUUAAACCUGGAUCAACUGCUGAGAGAAAUUGGGGUUUGUUUAGGCCAGAUUUUAGCCCUGUUUACAAUGUUGGAGUAUUGCGCAAUGAGCAGACCAAUACACCAAAUCCAAAUCCAACCACAGGCAAGAAAUGGUGUGUACCCAAAGCGGAAGCUAAUGAUCAGCAAUUGCAAGCAAACAUAGACUAUGUGUGUAGCCAGGGAGUAGAUUGCAAGCCUAUUCAAGCUGGUGGUGCCUGUUUUGAUCCUAACAAUAUCAGGUCUCAUGCAUCAUUUGCCAUGAAUUCUUUCUAUCAAACACAUGGCCGCAAUGAUUUCAAUUGCGAUUUCUCUCAUACUGCUGUUAUCACCACUGCUGACCCAAGUCAUGGGAAUUGUAGGUACGUUUGAGAUUAAAUCUAGACACUGAGGAACCGGGAUUUGCUUUGAAUUGAGAGAAGCCCCAUACUAGCUAAAUUAAUGGAAAUUUUAGACAUGUAAUUUAUUUCUUCAUUCUUUGUAAUUAAGCUGCAAAGCAAAUGUAUAAUUUGAGAAAAUAUAAUUUUGAUAUCUCGAAAAGGACAAUGUUAUUUGAACACAUAUUGACACAGAAAUAAUAGUAUACAAUUUUUUGUUUGAA